GCUUAGCCUCGCCCCCACCCUCCCCUUCCUCCCUGCUACGGUCGCCGAAGGCGCGGCGGCGGCGCGGCCUAGCCGGGAGGGCGGAUCCUCGGCCUCGCGUAGCGGCUCCUGCCCGCGGAGGGCCGCCCUCCUCGGGGGGCCAUGUCCCUGGUGGCCUAUGCCAGCAGCGAAGAGGAGAGCGAUGCGGAGGAGGCCGCGGGCGAGGAGGAGGAGGCCGCCGCUCCUCCUCCUGCCGCAGCCCAGCAGCCCCCGGGCCGGGGGCUCUUCGCCACCUUGCCUCCCCCCAAAGCCCCCGUGAUGCCCCCGCUGCCCCCGCCUCACCAGCCGCUGGGCAGCGGUUUCCCCCUGCUGCCGCCUCCCCAUGGCGGGCCGCCCCCUCCUUUCCUUAUGGGGCCCCCGCCUGGCAUGAGGGGCUUCAGCACCCCUCCGCCGGGCAUGAGCCCGGCCCAGGCCUCGGCCGUCAGCCUGCCCGAGCCGGCUGCCGGCGGCAACGGGAGCGGGGAGCAGCCCAGGCUGGGGGGGCUCCUCCUGCCUCCCCCGAGGAACGCUGCCACCACCACGACUGCUGCCUCUACCCUCAACUUGCCCCCUCCUGUCUCGGCCUCUGCAGCUCUGCCCGGGGCUGGGGUGGAUUUGAGCCUCCCCAAGCCAAAGAAGAGGACAGAGCCGGUGCGGAUCACGGCCCCCGAGUUGCACAAGGGAGAUUCAGAUUCGGAGGAAGAUGAACCAGCAAAGAAGAAAAAUACUCUUCAGGGACGCGGCGAGGGCUCUGGCUUGUCCGCUUUGCUUCCUCAACCCAAAAAUUUGACAGUGAAAGAGACCAAUCGGUUACUUUUGCCCUACGCUUUCUCAAGGAAAGCGGGCGACAACGCCUCCGACUCGAAGCCCGCUAAGGCCCAGACCUCUUCCUCCAAAACAAAACCUCUGUCCAAGUCAGCGGUGCCCACAACUCCUUCUCCGUCUGCCAUCAAAGCUGCUGCGAAGAGCGCUGCCCUGCAGGUAACCAAGCAGAUCACGCAGGAAGAAGACGACAGCGAUGAAGAGGUCGAGCCAGAGAACUACUUCUCCUUGUCUGACAGGAGCGAGCCCAGCGUCGUGGGCGCCGAGACCUACAUGUACUCUGGCACGGUGGUGUCAGAGGACCCACCGCCUGGGACAGAGCCAGAGCCCCAAUUCCAGGACGCUGCUGCUAACGCCCCUCUGGAGUUCAAGACGGGCGCGGGCUCCAGCGGUGCUCAGCACAGCUGGGCGCCCAAACCCGGAGAAGACUACGGCAGUCAGCCGUACAGCCAGUUCCCUGCCUAUGGCGAGGCCGGUGCAUAUUAUCAGGAUUACUACAGCAGCGGGUACUACCAGGAGAUGGAACCAGCCCAGGCACCGCCGCAGGAGAUGAGCACAGACUCCUCCUUCAUAGACGACGAAGCGUUCAAGCGGCUGCAAGGCAAGCGGAAUCGAGGGAGGGAAGAGAUCAACUUUGUGGAUAUCAAAGGUGACGAUCAGCUGAGCGGAGCCCAGCAGUGGCUGACCAAAUCCUUAACGGAGGAGAAGACCAUGAAAUCGUUCAGCAAGAAAAAAGGAGAUCAGCCCACGGGACAGCAAAGGAGAAAACACCAGAUCACCUACCUGAUCCAUCAGGCGAAGGAGAGAGAACUGGAACUGAAAAACACAUGGUCUGAAAACAAGCUCAGCCGACGCCAGACUCAAGCCAAAUACGGAUUCUAACACCUCUGUCCCGCUUUUUGGCUGUUGUCCCAGGUGACCUACUGUGUCAGACUUCUCCUGGCCUUCUGGAGAUCAAACGGGCCCCGUGUAGAACGUGGUCGGCUCGGCGGGCGGGAGGAUACCGCGCUCCCCUGCCUGUCAGGAGAAAGGUUUAAUGCAAGCCGGUCCUGAAACUCCACCUGUAAUCUUUCCCCUCCCUCUUAUAAAUGAUCGCGUGGAAGGUUCAAAUCAAGUCUGUGUCGUCCGACUGCUGAGAGUCCCAAGGCAGCCGCAGGAAAGGUGCCUGCUCCAAGGCUCGGAGCUUCUGCCCUCCCGCUACGGGGGCUACUCCUCCUUCCGACGUACCCUCGCCGCUGGAAACCUUAGGCAGAGUCUCCAUAAACGUCCAAUUCCCGCUUUACUCCUUCCUUGGACUCGCUGUGCGUUGAGAGUGUAAUUUUUCUUUCGAAAAGACAGUGAGUUUCAAGAGCAAGCCUGGCUUUUUUGUUGGUUUGUUUGGUUUUGUGGUUUUUUUUUGUUUUUUUUUUUUAAAUCCUUUUAUUUGAGACGUCCUCAUGGCUGCUUACUCACGGCUGAGUAAAUCCAGCGCUCCUCUCAUGUGAAUGACUUUGAUUUUUUUUUUUUUUUUUUUUUUUAAGGUGUGGCUAAGUUAGUGUUUUUGUUCUCAGCUCCACCAGCCUGUGUGUCUCGAACCGUGCCCAGGGGAAACUCCUUUUACAGGUCGGAGCUUGCGAUAGAGGUGAAAACGCCCUGAGUGUGGAACGCGCAAAAAAAGCCGUGAGGAUCCCUCGCCCCGCGCAAGGCGCUGCGGAGGGCUUUCGGAUAACCGUGCUCCGUGUGUGUGUACGUACGUUUGUGGGUUUGUUUUUUUUCCUUUUUUUUUUCCUCCUCCUCCUCCUCCUCCUCCCCCUGACCCAAGGCCUACGGCGCUGCACCCGGCUCCUCGCCAGACUCGUUGAACCCACUGUUCCCAGCGUCGCACGGUGCGGGUGCAGCCGGCAAGUGAAGCCGCAGUAUUUCCUCUGAGCAGACACAGAUGAAAGCUGCCAACUGUACAUUUAUUUUGUUUUUGUUUUUCGUUUUUUUGUGUUUUUUUGGUUUUUUUUUUUUUUUUCCCCAGCUUGUUUCUAUCAAUCCUGUUUCAAUUAAGUGUUAACUUUACCCUCCUGGCUGGGAAGAGGAGACCGUGUCCGGCCUUAACUUUUUAAAGUGAAAUCUUGCUUUUAUUUUAAGGUCUUAAGCGAUACGACUGCAAAUCAUGUGCAGCCUUGCUGGCCAGAUCCGCCUGUCUUCAGCCAAAUCUCUGUGGCCUCACUUAGUUUGUCGUUCACUAAAGCGUGCGAUGCCGAAGGGAACGGAGAGCUGGUCUGGUUAUUUAACUCACAUUCCCACCACUAAGGGUUAUAUUUGUCGUAACCGCGGCUAAAACGGCUAAUAUUUCUUAUUCCGUUUAGGAAAAACUCCCGAGAGGUGGUUUUUCUCCCGUGUUACCUGUUAAAAACAAGCAAGCAAACCCCCAUGAAUGAAGUCUUUUCUUAGAAUAUUUUAAACCAAUCUGAUUUCUAGUUUAGUUCCCUGGAUGUUUUAGUACUUUGCAGAGCCCACUUUGAGUAUUUGAAUGACCAGAAUAAAGUUACUGUUGAGUAAUUUAUUCAUAUCUUAUAUGUACAGUGAAAUCCUCUGAAAAGAGAUUUGAUAAAAGGAAUAAACUUUUAAACGAACCGAA